AUGGCUGGCAUCCUGUUUGAGGAUAUUUUUGAUGUGAAAGACAUUGACCCGGAGGGCAAGAAGUUUGACCGAGUGUCCCGACUGCAUUGUGAGAGUGAAUCUUUCAAGAUGGACCUUAUCUUAGAUGUAAACAUUCAGAUUUACCCUGUAGAUUUGGGUGACAAGUUCCGGUUGGUCAUAGCCAGUACCUUGUAUGAAGAUGGUACCUUGGAUGAUGGUGAAUAUAACCCUACAGAUGACAGACCUUCCAGGGCUGAUCAAUUUGAGUAUGUGAUGUAUGGAAAAGUGUACAGGAUUGAGGGAGAUGAAACGUCUACUGAAGCAGCAACACGUCUCUCUGCCUACGUGUCCUAUGGGGGCCUGCUCAUGAGGCUGCAGGGUGAUGCCAACAACCUGCAUGGAUUUGAAGUGGAUUCUAGAGUUUAUCUGCUGAUGAAGAAACUGGCCUUCUGA